CCGGGAGCACUAGUACUCGCGGCAGCAACUGCAAAAACCAGGACACACACGGUACGGUACGGCUUGCUUGCAGGAGACGCCGCGCUGCAGCGGCAGCGGCAGCCGCAGCCCAGCCUCUCGCCUUUUAUCUCACACGCUUUCGUCUCGUCUCCACCAUCCCAGCAACCGAGCCGAGAGCCCUCCAGAUUUUUUCUUUUUUACCCCGAUUAAAUUCGUAUUCUAGGCGUUACUACUAGUAGCUCGUACGGCUCCGGCGAGCCGCCGCGAACGAAUGCCGGUGAUGCUCUAGCGGCUCCCUCGCCGACGCGCGCGGGGCGGCGGAAGCAGGACGGACAUGAGGAAGCAGCCGCAGCCGCAGGGGAACCGCCGGCUGAGGUGGCUCCGGGCGCUGCUGCUGGCGCUCCCGCUCCUAUCGGUGCCCGUCCUCUACGCCGCGCUCGGGGCGGCGCGCCCCGCGGCGCCGCCGCGGCGCGGGGCGGCGCCGCACCAGCUGCCGCCGAGGCUGGCGUACCUCGUAUCCGGCGGCGCCGGGGACGGCCCGCGGAUCCGGCGGAUGCUGCGGGCGCUGUACCACCCCUGGAACUUCUACCUCGUCGGGGUCGCCGGGGAGGAGGAGCGCGCGGAUCUCGAGGCGUUCGUGCGCGGCGAGGAGGCGCCCCGGCGGUACGGCAACGUGCGGGUCGCCGCGGCGGGGGAGUGGGGACCGGUCUCGCGGCGCGGGCCCACCGAGCUCGCCGCGACGCUCCACGCCGCCGCCGUGAUGCUCCGGGAGUUCGAUGGGUGGAGCUGGUUCAUCAAUCUCAGCGCCUCCGAUUACCCGCUCAUGCCUCAGGAUGACAUCCUUCACAUCUUCUCAUAUCUCCCAAGAGAUCUGAAUUUUAUUGAGCACACAAGCAAUAUUGGUUGGAGGGAGUACCAAAGGGCGAGACCAAUUAUUGUAGAUCCAGCAUUGCAGAUCUCAAAUAAAACUGAGGUUGUGACAACAAAGGAGAAAAGGAGCUUGCCUUCAGCUUUCAAAAUAUUUGUAGGCUCUUCAUGGGUAAUACUUAGCCGAUCAUUCCUGGAAUUUUGCUUAUUGGGAUGGGACAACCUUCCUCGCACUCUACUCAUGUAUUUUGCCAACUUCUUGGCAUCCUCGGAGGGCUACUUCCACACGGUGAUCUGCAACUCAAAGUACUAUCAGAACACUACCGUUAAUAAUGAUCUCCGAUUCAUGGCAUGGGACAACCCUCCACGAACAUUACCUGUUAACCUGACAACCGAGCAUUUUGACGCAAUCGCAAGCAGCGGUGCACCAUUUGCACACUCCUUUGCCAAUGACAAUCCAGUCCUGGAUAUGAUCGACACCAAGCUGUUGAGGAGAGCACCUGAACGAUUCACACCUGGUGGAUGGUGCUUAGGUAGCUCGGUAAAUGACAAAGAUCCAUGUUCCUUCUUCGGAAGGUCUUUUGUUCUGAGGCCGACGAAAAGUUCGGCAAAGUUAGAGAAAUUGCUGUUGAAACUUUUGGAACCUGAUAAUUUCAGGUCUAAACAGUGUAUAUAACACAUUCUUGUUACAUGUAGCCUUGUAGCCAGUUGUAGAAUUU